AUGAAGCUGGCAGCUCUUUCCCUGCUGCUCUUGAUUGGCGCAGCUUUAGCCACACCUACGCCUGCAAGCGACCCGGCAGAGGAGAUAAAGCUCAAGCGAGCAACAAGUAAGCAUCUACGACCAAUACUCGAGAAACGACAGCAGUUCUCGCAAGGUCAACCUGUCGACGGUAAAGGCAAAGGAGCUCCCAUCUUGGGUGGCACAAACAAGCAGAUUGACCUACAGAAUCCUGAUGGUCUCGGCGCACAAUCAACAGACAAUGGAGUUGUCCCAAACCUGAAAUGGAGCUUUUCUGACUCCAAGACGAGAGUGUUCCCUGGAGGUUGGGUGCGUGAACAAGUCAUUACAGACUUACCUGCAAGUCACGACAUUGCUGCAGCCCAGCAACAUCUCAGUAAAGGCGCGGUCAGGCAGCUUCACUGGCACCGAGUGGUAAUAUUUUUUUCAUUUUUCAACGUGAGAAUGGAAGCUUACCAGAUGCAGGCAGAAUGGGGUUACGUGUACGCUGGUUCUGUCCGAAUUUCAGCAGUCGACGAAGACGGCAAGAAUCAAGUGGACGACCUGCAAGUGGGUGACAUCUGGUACUUUCCGAAGGGGGAGGCCCAUACAAUACAAGGUCUUGCCGAGGAAAGUGAGUAUCUUUUAGCGUUUGACGAUGGAAACUUUGAUGCAACAGGCACAACUUUCAACGUGGACGACUGGCUUGCGCACACACCGAUCGACAUCGUCGCAAAGAAUUUUGGUGUCUCUACAGACGUCUUCAAGGCCAUCCCGACCCCCGAUCCGUACAUCUUCAAAUCCAACGUCACCAACGGUACGAUAGAGAGCCCCAACGGCCAGCUCACCGGCAAUAGUUCCUAUGUCUACCACCUGUCCCAAGUUACAACUCCCCCAGCUCCAGGCGGCGGAGGAACGCUCGCCAAGGUUGACUCGAGAAACUUUCCAAUCGCUACCACGAUAGCCGCGGCGAUUGUGACGCUAGAGCCAAAGGGUUUGAGGGAGCUACAUUGGCAUCCUAAUGCCGAGGAAUGGCUUUAUUUCCACCAAGGCACUGCCCGUGCAACCAUUUUCCUUGGUGGCGCGAUCGCACGUACUUUCGACUUUUCAGCCGGCGAUACUGCGGUAUUCCCCGAUAACAGCGGCCAUUAUGUCGAAAACACGUCUGAAACGGAGAAAUUGAUUUGGAUUGAAUUGUAUAAGAGCGAGCGCGUGGCGGACGUGAGUCUAACGCAGUGGUUAGCGCUGACUCCACCGGACAUUGUGGCUGCAACGCUGAAGAUUCCGUUGAGUGUGGUCAAAAGUUUGAAGAAGGAGAAGCAGAGUUUGCUUGCUGCCCAGAAAUGA